AUGAAACAGCUUCUUGAGGAAGCAGGCUUCCGAUGGAUCAAGGGUGAGGCAGAGCUUAGACAAACAAAAGUGACGGAUAACGAGGGCGGUGGAAUUGAAGGAUGGAUACGUCCCUUUGAAAAGCCCUUCCUCCAGAUUCUGCCGACUGUGGAGGCGCGCGAUGCCGCUGUCAAACAUACUAUCGAUGUCCUCGAGGCCGAUGGAAGACAUCAGCAUGAUAGGUCCUUCACAGUUAAUUAUAUUCGACUUCGGUUCGUUGCACAGAAACCAUCCCUGGGAACGGGGGUAUAUCUAGAGGCUAUUCCCUUGCUCAUUAGACUUGACUGGAGUACCAACAGUAAGCUUCUGACAGCGGUGUCCUGGUGA